GCUGCCGGGAGCCGGGCGGCCGUGGGCGGGGAGCGCGCCGCCGGCGGCCGGGUGCGGAGUCCGGGGGAUGCGAGCGGCGGGGAGCCGCCGCGCCGCUGACCGGGUGAAGGCGAGCGGCGGCGACCUCAGCGAGGGGAGAGCCGGGCGACGGCGGCGGCCAGCCCCGCGGGGAUCCGGGGCGCCGGGGGUGCGCGGGGCACGGCGGCGGCGCGGGAGCGCGGGGCGCAGACCGGGCGGGGCCGGGGGACAGUGAUGAGCGGGCGCGCGGGGAGGCUGCACGCCGCCGCCGCCGCCGCCCGGAGCAUCUGCCGGCACAGCUGCCGCUCGCGGCCCGGGACCCGGCCAUGGAGACGCUGAACGGCCUCGCGGGCGGUGGCGCCCCGGACGCGAAGCCGCUGCCGCCCGGGCAGCACCACCGCCACCACCACCUCCACCCGCUGGCCGAGCGUCGGCGGCUGCACCGCGCGCCGUCGCCCGCCAGACCCUUCCUCAAGGACCUGCACGGCCGGACCCCCGCGCCCGGCCCGGCCCCGGCCGCCCCCUCCUCGGGUCGAGCCCCGGCGCCCGCCGCCCCGCGCACGCCCAGCCUCGCGGGCAAAGCACCGCCCUCGCCGGGCGCCCCGGCCGCGCCCGGCCGCCCCUCUCGGCGCAGCGGCGGCGCCCCGGGCGCGAAGGACAAGCCGCCGCCGGGCGCCGGGGCCAGGGCAGCGGGCGGCGCCAAGGCCGCCCCGGGCCUCAGGAGGGCGGCGCGCACGGCGCCCGCGGACCUGCUGCCCCGGGCGGGGAGGCCGCCGCCGCCGCCGCCGCCCGGGACCGAGCCGCCGUCCGCCGCUGCCAAGGGCCGCAGAGCCAGACGCGGCUCCGGCGCGCCCCCCGCCCGGGCCCCCGGGCCCCCGGCCCCCGCCGCCCCGACCCCCGCCGCGACCCUCGCCGCGACCUCCUCGGCCGGCCCCCCGGCUCCCGGGCCGCGCAUCAGCCACACCGACAGCAGCUCCGACCUCUCCGACUGCCCCUCCGAGCCCCUGUCCGACGAGCAACGCCUGCCCCCCGCCGCCAGUAGCGACGCCGAGUCCGGCACCGGCUCCAGCGACCGGGAACCGCCGCGGGGCGCCCCCACGACGAAGCCCGCGGCGCCGCCCGAGCCCCCCGCGCUCCUCGCCGCGCCCCCCGCCCCCGGCGCCUGCCCCGGGGGUCGCAGCAGCCCGGGAUCGGCCGUGGCGGAGGAUGCCGGGGGGCGCGCGCCGCUGGAGCCGGCAGGCCCCGGGACGCCCAGGGAUCCCGGCCCGGGCGAGCAGACCCGACUGGUGCCGGCGGCGGUGGAGGAGGAGCUGCUGCGGGAGAUGGAGGAGCUGCGCUCCGAGAACGACUAUCUCAAGGAUGAAUUGGAUGAACUCCGUGCUGAAAUGGAAGAGAUGAGAGACAGUUACUUAGAGGAAGAUGUUUACCAGCUGCAGGAGCUUCGGCGAGAGCUGGACCGUGCUCAUAAAAACUGCCGAAUCCUGCAGUACCGCCUCAGGAAAGCUGAGCAGAAGAGCCUGAAAGUGGCUGAGACUGGUCAGGUGGAUGGUGAGCUCAUCCGGAGUCUAGAGCAGGAUUUAAAGGUAGCCAAAGAUGUAUCUGUCAGAUUGCAUCAUGAACUUGAAACCGUGGAGGAAAAGCGUGCUAAAGCAGAGGAUGAAAAUGAAAGUCUCCGGCAGCAGAUGAUUGAAGUGGAGAUAUCUAAACAGGCCCUCCAAAAUGAGCUGGAGAGACUGAAAGAGAGUUCCCUGAAAAGAAGAGGCAACCGAGAAACGUACAAAGAAAAGAAAACCUUUAACCAGGAUGACAGUGCCGAUUUGAAGUGCCAGCUUCAGUUUGCCAAAGAGGAAGGCUCCCUGAUGCGUAAAAAGAUGGCCAAGCUGGGGAAGGAGAAGGACGAGCUGGAACAGGAGCUCCAGAAGUACAAGGCCCUCUAUGGGGACGUGGACAGCCCCCUCCCCACGGGGGAAGCCGGGGGGCCGCCCAGCACCAGGGAGGCUGAGCUGAAGCUGCGCUUGAAGUUGGUGGAGGAAGAGGCCAACAUCUUGGGCCGAAAGAUUGUGGAGCUGGAGGUGGAGAACCGAGGCCUCAAAGCAGAGAUGGAGGACAUGAGGCUCCAGUACGAGCGAGAGGGUACAGGCCGGGACCACAUCACAGGCAUUCCUACCUCACCCUUCGGUGACUCCCUGGAGUCCUCGACAGAGCUCCGCCGGCACCUGCAGUUCGUGGAGGAGGAAGCGGAGCUGCUCCGGAGGUCCAUAUCUGAGAUCGAAGACCACAACCGGCAGCUGACCCAUGAGCUGAACAAGUUCAAGUUUGAGCCUCGGCCAGAGCCAGGGUGGCUGGCGGAUGGCGCGGGCAAGGGCGUGGGCAGCGGGGCCCCUCUGCAGGAGGAGCUCAAGUCGGCGCGGCUACAGAUCAACGAGCUGAGUGGGAAGGUGCUGAAGCUGCAGUAUGAGAACCGGGUGCUACUGUCCAAUGUGCAGCGCUAUGACCUGGCUGCCCACCUAGGCCUGCGUGCCCCCAGCCCCCGGGACAGCGACGCAGAUAGCGACCAGGGCAAGAAGGAAAGCGACGGGGAGGAAGGCCGCCAGCCCCAGCCCAAGCGGGAGGGCCCUAUUGGUGGGGAGAGCGACUCAGAGGAGAUGUGCGAGAAGACGUCGGGCUUCGGCAGUGGAAAGCCAUCGGAGGCGAGCGAGCCGUGUCCCGCCGAGCUCCUGCGGGCCAGGGAGGACACCGAGUGCCUGGCGAGCAUAAAGCACGAGGCUGAGCGCCUGGAGCGAACAGUGGAGCGCCUCAUCACGGACACCGCGGGCUUCGGGGACGAUGUGGGGCUGCUGGGCAGUGGCGAGGCCUUGCCAGGGCCCGACAUCCAGGGGGCGGGGGGGACAGGCGAGGGGGGCAAGAAGGAGCCCCCACUGCUGGGGACCAUCAACUCGAGGAUGAAGGCUUUCAGGAAGGAGCUGCAGGCCUUUCUGGAGCAGGUGAACCGAAUCGGGGAUGGCCUGCGGGAGCGCCUGGAAGGCCUGUCCCCCCUGCCUCACCUCACAGAGUCUUCCAGCUUUCUCUCCACCGUCACUUCCGUGUCCCGGGACUCCCCCGUCGGGAACCUGGGGAAGGAGCUGGUCCCGGACCUGCAGUCCAAACUGAGAGGUCAGCUGGAGUGGCAGCCGGGGCAGGAGUGCGGGGACGAGCCAGAGCAGCUGCACCGCCGCGCUGAUGGGGACGUCGGGAGCUGCCGGCAGGGAGGCCAGAGCUGCUUCAGUCUAGAGAUGGAGGAGGAGCACCUGUACGCCUUGAGGUGGAAAGAACUGGAAAUGCACAGCCUGGCUUUGCAGAACACCCUCCAUGAGCAAACCUGGAGUGAUGAGAGGAACCUGAUGCAGCAGGAGCUCCGGUCUAUGAAGCAGAACAUUUUCCUUUUCUACGUCAAACUCAGAUGGCUGCUGAGGCACUGGCGACAAGGGAAGCAGAUGGAGGAAGAAGGCGAGGAUUUCACUGAGAGCGAGCAUCCAGAGACCCUCCCCAGGCUUGGUGAGCUUGGAGGGCAGGGGGACCCGAAGGGGGACGGCCCAGACCAAGAUGACAACAGUCCAGGCUGCGGCUUUCCGCUGGGAGAGCAUCCUCCACACUCCCCUGUGCAGAUUGGUGACCACGGAUCGAGACUACAGCCUACACAUGGGAGACAGCUCCACAGGCAGGUGGUGGAAAACCAGCAGCUGUUCGGUGCGCUCAAGAGCCUGCUGGAGGACCUGCGUGCUGAGCUGCGGGAGGACGAGCACGCGCGGCGGCGGCUGCAGCAGCAGUACGCCAGCGACAAGGCUGCCUGGGACGUGGAGUGGGCCGCACUUACGUGCCGCCUGGAACAGGUGCCUGCCUGCGGGGUCUGCCCUGGGUCUCCCCAGCUCCUCCUCUGCCAUCUGGGCCAGCUGGAAGAGAAGACUGAGAAGAAUUUGGGAGAAGCAGGCUCUUCCACCGACAGCAAAGGGGCAUUCAAGAAGGAAAGAGAGAUGCAUCAGAAGCUUCUCACUGACAGUCAUGGCCUGGUCAUGGACCUGCGCUGGCAGAUCCAUCACAGUGAGAAGAACUGGAGCCGGGAGAAGGUGGAACUUCUUAGCCGUCUAGACAGAGACCGGCAGGAAUGGGAGCAGCAGAAGAAGGAGCUCUUGUGGAGAAUAGAACAGUUGCAGAAAGAAAACAGUCCCCGGAGAAGUGGCAGUUUCCUCUGUGAUCAAAAAGAAGGCACCAUCCGCCCCUUUGCCCAUCCAGGAAGCCCCCGAAUGCCCCGUCCCUUGGGGAUGUGGUCCUGUGCAGACACCGACUCCACCCCAUUUGAAGACCGGCCGCUGUCCAAGCUGAAGGAAUCAGACAGAUGUUCAGCACGGGAAAACCUCUACUUGGACGCCUUGUCUCUAGAUGAUGAGCCAGAGGAGCCUCCAGCCCGAGGGCCCCAGCGGGAGUUCAGGAACUGCCUCCCCCAGGAAGAAGAAAAUCACAAGGGAAAUCUUCAAAGGGCUGUGUCUGUGUCCUCCAUGUCUGAGUUCCAGCGUCUGAUGGACGUUUCUCCCUUCCUGCCGGAGAAGGGCGUCCCCGCCACCAGCAGCAAGGAGGACAUCACUCCGCCCCUGUCUCCUGAUGAUCUGAAGUACAUCGAGGAGUUCAACAGCAAGAACUGGGACGAGAGGCCCCCAGAGCCCUGGGCAGACAGGACCGAGGGGGGGCGGGCAGGGAGCGAGGCUGGUGCGGAGCCUUUCCCUGACUCCUCCUGGUACCUCACCACGAGUGUCACCAUGACUACGGACACCAUGACCAGCCCAGAGCACUGCCAGAAGCAGCCCCUUCGGAGCCCCAUGUGCGCGGAGCAGGCCGGGGUGCGGGUGCUGCACAGCCCACCCGCGGUCCGUAGGAUGGAUGGCAUCGUGGUGGCGGGCAGUGAGGGCAAGGGCCGGGCCGAGCCCGAGUGCCCGUUUCCAACUAGCAGAGCCAGGGGGGGCACUGGAGACACAAAAGGGGGUCCCUCAGAACAUGUGCUCAGCAGGUGGCCUUGCGCCCCCUCCAGGCACCCCCGAGACUAUGUGGAGGGAGGGCUGCGCCCCCUCGAAAGUGCCCUCUGCGCCCCCCUGGGUUUUGCCUCCUCGCUGCACGGCCUGCAGAUGUCCAAGAACAUGAGUGAUGACAUGAAGGAGGUGGCCUUCUCGGUCAGGAACGCCAUCUGCUCUGGCCCCCCCAAGCCUCCACUCAAGGACAUGGCCUGCCAGACCAAUGGGUCCCGGACGACGGGAACACAGACCGUCCAGACCAUCACCAUUGGCCUGCAGACCGAAGCCCUGCGUGGCAGCGCCGUCACCAGCAGCCCCCACAAGUGUCUCACACCCAAGGCCGGGGGCGGGGCCACGCCCGCGUCAUCUCCUUCCCGUGGCCUUCGGAGCCGGCAGAUGGCCCCCGCCAUCGAGAAGGUGCAGGCCAAGUUCGAACGCACGUGCUGCUCCCCCAAGUACGGGUCUCCCAAGCUGCAGAGGAAGCCCCUCCCCAAAGCUGAGCCGCCCAACAGCAGGACCUCCCUGGGGCUGGCCCCAAAGGGGUGCAGCGAGUCCGCCUGGGCCCGUUCCACCACCACGAGGGAGAGCCCGGUGCACACCGCCAUCAACGAUGGCCUCUCCAGCCUCUUCAACAUCAUCGACCACAGCCCCGUGGUGCAGGACCCCUUCCAGAAGGGGACUCGGGCCGGGAGCCGAUCUCGCUCAGCAGAACCCCGGCCCGAGCUGGGCCCAGGCCAGGAAACGGGCCCCAGUUCCCGGGGACGGUCCCCCAGCCCCAUCGGGGCUGGCUCAGAGACUUGGAGGGAGGAAGGGGGAGAGGGCACGCCCUUGAGGCAGGACUUAUCCGCUCCCCCUGGUUACACGUUCACUGAGAACGUAGCCCGGAUCCUCAACAAGAAGCUGUUGGAGCAUGCCUUAAAGGAGGAGAAGAGGCAGGCCCCCCACGGGCCCCCAAGUCUUAACAGUGACAGCCACAUGGGAGAAACCAUCAAAGCUGAACCAGGGUCCAUCGAGGAACUACCUUGUUCCGCACUAGCCCCAUCCCUAGAACCCUGCUUCUCCAGGCCCGAGAGACCAGCAAACCGUCGCCUUCCGUCCCGUUGGGCCUCACAUUCCCCCACUGCCUCACUGGCUCAGUCACCCGGAGACCCAGCCUCCUUGGAGGAGCUCUGCGAUGAGGAGCCACCGGGGGAGAAGACACACCUGUGAGGAGUGCAAGUUUGCAUGGAUUAUCAGGGAAUGAUUCCCUGUAAUUUGCAUAACCACGCAGUCAUCAACCAAGCUCCACCCACAAGGAAAGAUCUAGCUUUCCCAAGGUCAAAGAAUGUUUUUAAAAAACACAGCUGCUGAAUGUCCAACCUGUGAACCUGAGAUGUUUCUAGAACGAAACCGUAAACGUGCCUGUAAUAACUUAAUUUUUUUCAUAGCUCAGAAAACUAUUUUUGUCUCCAUCUUUUUUACACAGUAUAUUAAACAAAAAAGCUAGAUAAGAUAUAAAUUUAAAAAAUAAAAGUUUUAAAAAUGUACAUUUUAAGAGAUUCUGAACACCCUUGCUCUCAAUACUGACUGCCUCUCUGUUAAAUUUGCACUGUUACGCCUUGGUUUGAUUUGUUCCCACAUUGAAGUAGAGUGUUUUAAGUUAACUUCAUUUUGUCAGUGUUCUUGUUUUUUAAGAAUUUUUGAAAUGCUUCAGACUGAUUCAGUGAACUUUUUGUAGUGAAAAAGCCAUGAAGCCAGUCGACAAGACAGAUAUCCUCUCUACUGGAGGGGAUACACGUCAGCAUUCUUGCAAAGGUACAGAGUCCUCAGCUGGGCUUACCAAAUUUGCUGUAUAAUCCACGUACUCUACUCGACUUGCAUGUCUUUGGGUUCGAAGCGCUCUGGGAUGCAUGUACAUACUGCUACUGUGGUCCUACCAUUGCGUAAGUGUGAGUCAUCUGUCCCACUGUAAUACGUUGUGAAUCCCUCGUACUGUACUUUCAUCGUUGUCCUCUUGCAUUGAGAUACAACAGCAAUGGCAUUUUUAAAUUAUUGUUAAAGAUGAACUGGCAAUAUACAGUGUUUACUCAAAAUUUUCUUGUUUAAGGAAAAGCACUACAAAAAGUCCGGAGGGUACCAAACUGAAGCAAAGGAUGGUCCCUCAGAGUCUGUAUGAGACAAUGAUGAAGUAGAAAUAAAACCUUUCAAGAUGGCA